AUGGUCGGUAUGUGUGACUACAUGGACACAAAUCUGGAGACUGACACCGCAACUGCAGGCGCGGCAGUGCGCCAACGCGUACGGAAGCGCCUGGAAAUACUGCGACGAUUUCAAACGCAGCUCGAAGAAGACAAUCGUGGGGUUCCAGAAGAUCUCUUAGACCUACGUUUGUCUACGCUAUGUGACCUGACUCUGCAAUCUAUCAAGUCGGAAGCAUGUUCGUCGAUUCCGAAUGGAGAAACGGAUCUCUCGCUUGCUGAAGAGGCAGCAAAGAAAGCACGAGACUGGAUCUUCCAUACUCUCUGCUGGCACUUCCACAAAUACCACACAGCUAAAGCUCGUAACAAGGUCUUCCUGAGGUCAGCAAUUGAGAAGGAGAUGCGGGGUCGAGCCGAGGAAUGGAGUGAUCAAGAGCGUUUCUUCAUGGCCGUUACAGACGUCAAGCUUGACACUUGGGUGGAACGACUGAAGACCGCGUUCCAAGUAGCUCUGCAGGGCGACUUCGCAAAUCGAUUAGCGCCCGUAGAGAACAAGGCUUCCCAACACCUCGAACGAUCUAGACGAGCCAAGAUCACGGGUAGAAAAGCAGACGAAAUUCGAACAAGAAUAGUUGACAGGAUGCAGACAGAACGUGUCGAUCAUUUCGCAUGCGCUGUGCCUCUGUCGAGCAUCGAACACAUACGCGGGCGUUCUGGUCCGGAAUCAACAUGUCCUAUCUGCCACCAUUCCUUCACCAACAUGCACGCAUACUCUAUCGAAGAGCUCCUGGCUGACUUUCCGGUCCGAAUCAAGUAUUGUGGUCAUAUUAUCGGAAAAUCGUGCCUGGAACAGUGGAUGGACACACCAAAGAUAGACGAGGCGAAAUAUCCAAACCGCAGCUGUCCGCUAUGCCGCGUCAAGAUCGAGGGUGUGCCAGCACCAACGGUACCAACUCAGACAAACAAUCACAUCAGAAAGAACCUGACAGCAAUCGUGAACAGGAGAAAGCUGGAAGAAAUGAGCGAGUGCGAGCUCGACUUCGAAGAGUGUCUUGAUGCCAUUAGUGCUUGCAAAAGCGAAGAAAUUGCUGCAGGAGAGUUGAUGGCUAUGAUAUCGAGACAGGAUAAUCAGCCAAGAACAAAGCUCGAGGUACAAGGGGCGUUUCUGCAAGAAAAACUGGAGACGCUGAAGAUGGAACGAUGGACCUGGGGCUUUCGCAAUAACAUGGCGUGGAAGAAGUCAAGAGACGAAUGGAUGACAAGUGGCGUCCCUGGAAAACUAUGA